GCCUAUAAAUCAAAUCACAGUGUCAGUGUCUCUGUGUCACUCUUCACUCUUCACUCUUCACUCAUCUGUGUGAGCUUCCAUGGCUCUCUAUCAAUGCCUCUUUUCCUUGUGGUUUGUGGGGGUUUCAGUUAUCCAGUGUGUCGCGGGUGCAGAUGAUAAAGCAGUGCCCGAAACGGUGAGUUUUGACACGGGGGGUUUGAGCAGAGAAGCCUUCCCCAAAGGAUUCAUUUUCGGAACGGCCACCUCUGCUUAUCAGGUAGAGGGUAUGGCCCAUAAAGACGGUCGAGGCCCAAGCAUUUGGGACGUUUUCAUCCAAAAGCCCGGGAUUGUCGCAGAUAAUGGCACGGGUGAAGUUUCUGUGGAUCAAUACCAUCGCUAUAAAGAAGAUAUAGAUCUCAUGGCUAAGCUGAAUUUUGAUGCCUACCGGUUCUCAAUUUCGUGGUCCAGAAUUUUCCCAAAUGGAACUGGCAAAGUAAACUGGAAAGGUGUAGCAUACUACAAUAGGUUGAUCAACUACUUACUAGAAAGAGGGAUCACUCCAUAUGCUAAUCUCUACCAUUAUGACCUUCCUUUAGCUCUUGAGGAGAGAUACAAUGGAUUAUUGAGCCGCCAAGUUGUGAAAGAUUUUGCGGAUUAUGCAGAAUUCUGUUUCAAGACUUUUGGAGACAGAGUGAAGAAUUGGAUGACAUUUAAUGAACCUAGAGUGGUGGCUGCUCUUGGCUAUGAUAAUGGUUUCUUUGCCCCUGGAAGAUGCUCAAAAGAAUAUGGGAAUUGUUCAGCCGGCAACUCAGGCACUGAGCCUUACAUUGUUGCUCACAAUUUGAUAUUGUCACAUGCAGCUGCUGUUCAAAGAUACAGAGAGAAGUACCAAGAAAAGCAAAAGGGAAGGAUUGGAAUUCUCUUGGACUUUGUUUGGUAUGAGCCUCUUACAAGAUCAAAGGCUGAUAAUUAUGCAGCUCAAAGAGCUAGAGACUUUCAUGUUGGAUGGUUCAUUCACCCCCUUGUAUAUGGAGAGUAUCCAAGGACUAUUCAAGGAAUUGUUGGGAGUAGACUCCCCAAAUUCACUGACGAAGAAGUUAAAAUAGUGAAGGGCUCCAUUGAUUUUGUUGGAAUCAACCAAUAUACUACUUACUACAUGUAUGAUCCCCAUCAAUCAAAACCUAAAGUCCCAGGCUACCAACAGGACUGGAAUGCUGGAUUUGCUUAUGCAAAGAAUGGAGUACCUAUUGGUCCAAGAGCUAAUUCAUAUUGGCUUUACAAUGUACCAUGGGGCAUGUACAAGGCAUUGAUGUACAUAAAGGAGCACUAUGGAAACCCAACUGUGAUCUUAUCUGAAAAUGGCAUGGAUGAUCCGGGUAAUGUGACUCUUCCUAAAGGUUUGCAUGACACCACAAGAAUAAACUAUUAUAAAGGCUAUUUGACUCAACUAAAAAAAGCAGUUGAUGAUGGAGCAAAUGUGGUAGGAUACUUUGCAUGGUCAUUGCUUGAUAACUUUGAAUGGAGGUUGGGGUACACAUCAAGGUUUGGAAUUGUUUAUGUUGAUUUUAAAACACUCAAGAGAUAUCCCAAGAUGUCAGCAUAUUGGUUCAAGCAGCUCGUGGUCAAAAAGAAACAGUAGAUAAUAGGCAGAGAAUCUAUUUUCUAUGCUUCUAGUUGUUUCAGAGAAUCAUGUUUUGGUGAUUUUUGUUAAAUUAAAGUAUCUUUGCAAUUGUAAUCAUGUGACUUAAUUAAUGCAAGUCUUCUAAUAAAAUGAUAUUUUAUC